AUGGAACGUAGUGUUCAAGAAAGGGCUAUAGGGAUGCCAAAUUCUGUGAGCUAUAAUCCACCACAGUUCAACCAAGAAUCACCAGUUAAGUUGCCUCUUGCCCCUAUAAUUUCCACUCCACAAGAUAGGAGGGGAAAUCCAACGGUUUCAACCCGCCGCGGAAGUGCUAUUUUCAGCCCUACACAAACCCUAGAUCAGCAUCAGCUCAAUUCACUACCGCCAGCACCACAGCCGUCGAUUGUACGGAAAGAUUCAACCCCAGAUCCAGAUCUAGCGAUCAUGGCCGGUGCAGAAACCGGUGAUGCUUCGAAUUCGAAGGCAGAUCCACCCCCACAGCCUCACGAUCCACCAGAAACAUCAACCGCCACUUCUGAUAGUAUUAAAUAUAGAGAAUGCCUAAAGAAUUAUGCUGCAAGUGUAGGAGGUCAUGUUUUAGAUGGAUGUGGAGAAUUCAUGCCUAGUGGAGAUGAGGGCACCCCGGAAGCCUUAAGAUGUGCAGCUUGUGAUUGCCACCGGAGUUUCCACCGAAGAGAAGCCGAUGGAGAGCCACAAACAGGCACAUCUCACUACUAUACAUACAAUCCCAACUCCAGCAAUAACAACAGCCACCGGAACCUGGUAGUUCACAGCCAACAGCAACCUACAAUGCCUCCUUGGCAGCAGCAGCAGCAUUUUACCGCCACUCCUCCAAGUGGCCCUACGUUGCCUACCAUGGUGGCGGUCGGCAGAAACAGCGGUGGAGCCGGGGCAGAGUCAUCCAGUGAAGAUUUAAACAUGUUUCGGUGCAUUGCUAGGGGACAUGAAGUUGUGCAGCCAUCAUUUUCGGGGUCCAAGAAGAGAUUUCGGACGAAAUUCAGUCAAGUGCAGAAAGAUAGGAUGCAUGAAUUUGCUACAAGACUGGGGUGGAAAAUUCAGAAACAAGAUGAACAAGAACUGCAGCAGUUCUGUAGUGAAAUGGGAGUGAAGAGGCAGGUUUUCAAGGUGUGGAUGCACAACAACAAACAAGCCAUGAAGAAGAGACAAAUUACUAUAUGGCGUCUUUCCAUUCAUUUUCUGGAGCCUCAGGCCCCCCCCAGCAGUCUGCAAAGAGAGACACUUUAUUGCCCUUCGGUGCCUCCAUGUACAUGCAUGAAUGUUUGGUACACAACACUAAAAAACGUUUUGUAA